AUGGGAGACGAGAGUCUCCGUGGAGAACCGGUCGGUGUUGACCGGAGAAGGAAGAAGAAGGACGUCGGAGAAAUAGGGAGAAGAUUUCGGUGUGGAGAAAAAAAGAGACAAGAAUGUGCAAAUUUCAGAACUUUUUUCUACCAAGGAGGAAAAAAAAAAGAAGCAGUCUUUAGAGCCAAAGUAGACCUUUAA